AUGGUAUUUAUGCGCUCUUUUUCCCGCCAGCUGCGGCGGCCUGCCACCUCGCUCCUGUCUGCGAAGGGAUCAUCCCUGAGGCCGACUGGAAGCCCUUUCCGGGCGCUCCCCGGGGCCAAUUCUGUUGCUGGUGCACGAACGCUAACCGCCUCUGCGAGCUUACAGGGUAAAAUUCUUAUGGUCCUCUAUGACGGCGGUGAACACGCCAAACAGCAGCCUGGUCUGCUGGGAACCACCGAGAACGAGCUCGGUCUGAGGAAGUGGUUGGAAGACCAGGGUCACACGCUGGUCACCACCUCCGACAAGGAGGGCGAGAACUCGACCUUCGAGAAGGAGCUGGUGGACGCCGAAGUCAUCAUCACCACACCAUUCCACCCCGGCUAUCUGACCGCCGAGCGUCUGGCCAAGGCCAAGAACCUGAAGAUCGCCGUCACUGCCGGUGUUGGCUCCGACCAUGUCGACCUGAACGCUGCCAACAAGACCAACGGCGGGAUCACCGUCGCCGAAGUCACUGGCUGCAACGUGGUCUCCGUCGCGGAGCACGUUGUCAUGACCAUCCUGACCUUGGUCCGUAACUUUGUUCCCGCCCAUGAGCAGAUCGCCCGCGGAGAGUGGGACGUCGCCGCCGUGGCCAAGAAUGAGUACGACCUGGAGAACAAGGUUGUCGGAACCGUCGCCGUCGGCCGCAUUGGCGAGCGUGUCUUGCGUCGCCUGAAGCCCUUCGACUGCAAGGAGCUGCUCUACUACGACUACCAGCCCCUGAGCCCCGAGGUCGAGAAGGAGAUUGGCUGCCGCCGCGUCGAGAACCUCGAGGAGAUGCUUGCCCAGUGUGAUGUCGUGACCAUCAACUGCCCCUUGCACGAGAAGACCCGGGGUCUGUUCAACAAGGACCUCAUCUCCAAGAUGAAGAAGGGCUCUUGGCUCAUCAACACUGCCCGUGGUGCCAUUGUCGUCAAGGAGGACGUUGCUGAAGCCGUCAAGUCGGGUCACUUGAGAGGCUACGGCGGUGACGUCUGGUUCCCCCAGCCCGCUCCUCAGGACCACCCGCUCCGCUAUGCCCAGCACCCUUGGGGCGGUGGCAACGCCAUGGUGCCUCACAUGUCCGGUACCUCGAUCGAUGCCCAGAUCCGCUACGCCAACGGUACCAAGGCCAUCCUCGAGAGCUACUUCACCGGUCGUCACGACUACAAGAUCGAGGACCUGAUCGUCCGCGACGGAGACUACGUCACCAAGGCCUACGGUCAGCGCAACAAGGCUUAG